CCUCUCUCGAAACCCAUCUCCUCAGCCAUUUCGAUACAGAGAAAGAGGAGGAAGAAGAAACAAGUUUCUUCGAUUCCGUUGCUGUCUGAAAGAUUCGGAGGCGACGAAGAAGAACUUGUGGGGAAAAAAAAAGUUUUUUUUUCUCCUCUCUCAUCCUCUGCUUUCUCUCUGUGUCCCGCGCUAGCCGAAACCCAAAAUCGAAAUGGCUCGUUCUCUCUCUAACGCUAGGGUUCUGUCCAACCUCGUCUCCAACGCCGUUUGCAGGCGAGGAUUCGCGGCGGCGGCGACCGCGCAUGGGAGUGUCAGCGGCGGAGGAAGAGGCGGAGCAGCGACGGCGUUGAAGAAGAAGGUAGGAGAAGAGAACUCUCAGAAGGCGACGUGGGGACCAGAUCCCAAAACCGGUUACUAUAGACCGGAAACCGGUUCCCAGGAGAUCGACCCGGCCGAGCUCCGAGCCACCCUCUUGAACAACAAGCACUAAUUGCCAUCAUUAGUGGACGCUUGAUCUCGAUUAAUGCUUCUAAUGAUGUCAUUUGAUUAGUGCGUCGUGGGUUGUGAUCCGGUGCGGUGAACCCCAUAUUUCUCCCUGUGAGAUUAUUCAGUAAUAAACUUAGAACAAAGCGGCUGAGUCUGUAUUUCUCGUUCCUUGUAAUAUAUGGAUCGUUUGGAUUUAUGAAUAUAGUUUUUAUAA